AUGGUCCAAUUAUCCGGGAUCGAUGGCCUCCUCUAUGUUUAUCUAGCGGCACAGCCUCCUUCCUUGCAUCCGGAGUCCUCAGCUAUCCUCAUGUUAGUAGUAUCAAUCCCUGCUUUCAUCUCCGCAGAUAGCUGGGGUCGCAGAACUUCGAUCAUCACUGGUGGCAUUGGUCUAUCCGGUUGUAUGUUUGUCAUCGGCAGUCUCUACGCAACGAAUAGUGUCCACGCGCACUCUGGAUCUGGCAGAUGGUUCGCCAUACUGCUCAUCUUCGUCUUUGCUCCAACGUACUGUGGAACAUGGGGAAUUGUUGGCAAAAUUUACGCCAGCGAAAUCCAACCGGUCCAGACGAGAGCUGCGGCAAACAGCGUUGCGCAGGGUCUGAAUUUCUUCACAAACUGGCUCGUGGCCUUUGCCACUCCCAUUUUCCUUGCACGCUCCUCCUUCGGCGCAUACUUCCUUUUCGGUGGACUAUCCCUUUUCACGCUCAUCAUACUCGCGCUCUUUAUGCCCGAAACACGAGGACGGGGUUGGAAGAAAUCCAAGACGGGUGCCGCAGGCCAUCGGUUAACCCGGCUCGACUCGGUCGCAAGAUGUUAG